AUACGAUUCAAAUUUCAGCUACCACUAAUCCCAAACUCAAACUCCGAGUCCCUUUGCCUCUUUUUUGUAACGUCUCUCGCCUAUCGACAUUGGCUAUGACAACUCCCAAAUGCUCUCCCCCACGAACAUUUGAUCUCAAUACUAACCCUACUAUUCAACCUAGCCCCUAUCGAAUGGAUGGGUUCGUAGACUAUGAGAUGAAAGUUCGUGGUUAUGAGUUGGAUCAGUACGGUGUCGUCAAUAAUGCUGUUUAUUCUUAUUAUUGUUACUACGCUGAGCACGAAUGGUUAAAUAGUAUAGGUGUGAGUCUUGAUGUAAUUACCAGUGACGGGGAGUCGUUAGCUCUAUCAGAGAUGUCUUUGAAGUUCCUUUCGUCACUUAGAAGCGGAGAUCGAUUUGUUCUUAAGAUGAGGUUUUUGGACAUCUCAAAAGCUCGGAUCUACCUCGAGCACAAAAUUUUCAAGCUACCAAAUAUGGAGGCAAUCUUAGAGGCACAGGUGACGGGAGUUUGGCUUAGCAAAAAUCUUCGUCCAAUGCGGAUCCCACAAAAAUAUUUAUCCAAAUUUGCUCAAUUUAUUCAUGAUCAUAAUCAAUCUAACAGAUCAACGGUCGGGAUUAAAGACGAUGACAAAGAUGGAGCCAACAUACAGCACGAAUAACUCUUUAUUUAUUUAUUUUAUUUUAUUUAUCUUGCGUGGAGAACUAAAAUUCUAAGUGAAAGAUGAACUCCGUAUCUUUGUAUUAAGUUAUUGGUAAUAAUUGUUAUGGAUUGACAAGUAGCAUAUCAUGUUCGUCUUGGCCAUAGUCAACUUCUCCUA